GAACUCUCUGGGCCCGGGAAAGCAAAGCCUUUUCCGGGACCACCCCUAGACACGCGGCCCCAGGAGGUCGUUAGACACUUCUCCACGCAUCCAAGGUCCUAGGCACUGGCUCGGAGCGAGCACGCACCCCUUACCCCGUUCUCCUUUUCCUUUCCCUUUUUGGACUACCGGCUCCUCACCCACAGCCACCCCGGUGAACGGGACCAGGGUGUGGGCGGGGCCAAACGGAUCUCGCCCUGUACUUAGAGGUCCGGAGUUGCGCAGUGAGUUAGAAGCCGAGCAGCUGGACCAGGAAUCAACAUGGCUGCGAUGUUUAGGCGAUGCUGUGGGGUCCUAAAGAGUCUUCCUCGUUUUGACUGGAGAUCACAGCAUACAGAAGCUGCCCUACAACGUGAAGCAGGAUUGGGAUUUAAUUUUGAGCUCACUGAGCAGCAAAAAGAGUUUCAAGCUACAGCUCGUAAAUUUGCCAGGGAAGAAGUAAUCCCAGUUGCUGCAGAAUAUGAUAAAACUGGCGAGUACCCUUUGCCCCUAAUUAAAAGAGCAUGGGAACUUGGUUUAAUGAAUACACACAUUCCAGAAUGUUACGGAGGUCUUGGACUUGGAAUUUUUGAUACUUGUUUAAUUACUGAAGAAUUGGCUUAUGGAUGUACAGGGGUUCAGACUGCUAUUGAAGCGAAUUCUUUGGGGCAAAUGCCUGUUAUUAUUGCUGGAACUGAUCAACAACAAAAGAAAUAUUUGGGGAGGAUGACUGAGGAGCCAAUCGUGUGUGCCUACUGUGUAACAGAACCUGGAGCUGGCUCUGAUGUAGCUGGUAUAAAGACCAAGGCAGAAAAGAAAGGAGAUGAAUAUAUUAUUAACGGUCAGAAAAUGUGGAUAACCAAUGGAGGAAAAGCUAAUUGGUAUUUCUUAUUGGCUCGUUCUGAUCCGGAUCCUAAGGCUCCUGCUAGUAAAGCCUUUACUGGAUUUAUUGUGGAAGCAGAUACCCCAGGAAUACAGAUUGGAAGAAAGGAAAUAAAUAUGGGUCAGCGAUGUUCAGAUACAAGAGGAAUUACCUUUGAAGAUGUGAAAGUGCCUAAAGAAAAUGUUUUAAUUGGUGAGGGAGCUGGUUUCAAAAUUGCAAUGGGAGCUUUUGAUAAAACCAGACCACCAGUAGCAGCUGGUGCUGUGGGACUAGCACAGAGAGCUUUGGAUGAAGCUACCAAGUAUGCCCUGGAGAGGAAAACUUUUGGAAAGCUGCUUAUAGAGCACCAAGGAGUAUCAUUUUUGCUGGCUGAAAUGGCAAUGAAAGUUGAACUAGCUAGACUGAGUUACCAGAGAGCAGCCUGGGAGGUUGAUGCUGGUCGCCGAAAUACCUACUAUGCCUCUAUAGCAAAGGCGUUUGCUGCAGAUAUUGCAAAUCAGUGCGCUACUGAUGCUGUGCAGAUUUUUGGAGGCAAUGGAUUUAAUACCGAAUAUCCUGUAGAAAAACUAAUGAGGGAUGCCAAGAUCUUUCAGAUUUAUGAAGGUACAGCACAGAUUCAAAGACUUAUUAUAGCCCGUGAACACAUUGACAGGUAUAAAAAAUAAAGAGAUUGCUAUAAAACAUGAUUGUUGAGUAAUUAGAACAUAAUCUACCAUUUAAGAGAAAGGCCUUUAAGAUAUUUUCUGGUAAAGUUUUAAAAUAGUUGCUCUUACACUGAACCUAUGCUACUGAUACUAAUACUAGCUUUCUACUUAUGUUUAAAUGACUUGAUUUUUCUCAAACAGGUUUGGUUUCACUAAAAUUAUGUUAUCCUUAUACCACUGUACUUGAAUCACAUUAACCUAGAAAAGUACAUUUAUUUUGUUAUUCUAAUUAAAGAAACAAAUAUUUUGGAUUUCAGUAUUUUUCCAAUGACAUUUUUGAAAAGUGGGCUUAUAAAAUGUUUCAAAAUUUACAUUGAGAAAGCAUUGUAGAAUUUGGAUGCCAUCAAAUAACUUGCUGGUGACUUUGUAGACUUUAUGUUAUUCUGUUGAAGGAGUUUAUUUUGCUACAAUUUGGAAAGUAUUUGUUUUCAGUUUUGUAUAGUAAUAGUAAAAAAUUUGAUGUUCAUAGUCUCUCAUCAUACAAUGACCAGAAGUUAUUGAAAAUCUUGUUUAAUUCUGAGCUUGCAUGUCACUUGCCUUAUUUAAAAAUAAAUCAAUAAAAUUUGCCUUAAAAUAUUUUUAUAUGAUUCUUAAUAUCUGAGUAGCCUUUGGUCUAUUGUAUACAAUCUCAUUUCAUGUGCAUGCAUUAUGAAGAGAAAUAAAAUUGUUCAGUGCUUA